AUGGCCGCCGCCCUCUCUUCCGCUCUCCUCUUCGCCGCGCUCCUCGCGGCCGCCCAGUACGUGCUCCGCUUGCUCCACUCCUUCCUCUGGGUCCCGCUCCGCCUGGAACGCCGCUUGCGGCGGCAGGGAAUCCGGUGGCCACCGCGCAGCCUGCUCUCCGGCAACGCAGCCGACUACCGCGACUUGCUAGCCGCCGCCAGGUCCGCGCCGCUCCCCUCCUUCCGCCACGGUGGCGUCGUCUCCCGCGCCACGCCGCAGUACGCGGUCUGGCCGGCGCGGCACGGGCGGCCGUUCGUGUACUGGUUCGGGCCCCGGCCGCGGCUGGUGAUCUCCGAUCCGGAGCUCGUGAAGGCCGCGAUGACCGACUCCACGGGGGCCUUUGAUAAGGCGGGCGCCGGCGGCAACAACCCGCUCGCCAGGCAGCUCAUUGGCGAGGGGCUCACUGGGCUCUCUGGGGAGACGUGGGCGCGCCACCGCCGCGUGAUUUCGCCGGCGUUUAACAUGGAGAGGGUGAAGGCUUGGAUACCAGAAAUAGCAGCUGCGGCGUCAUCUGUUCUGGAUAAAUGGGAGGCCGAAGGUGGAAGCCGCACUGAGUUUGAGAUUGAUGUCCAUAAAGCAUUCCACACUUUGAGUGCGGAUGUCAUUUCCUGUGUGGCAUUUGGAAGUAGCUACGAGGAGGGAAAACGAAUUUUUCAAUUGCAAGAGGAACAGAUGAUGCUUGCUCUUCUUGCAAUGAGGACUGUUUACAUUCCUGGCUUCAGGUUUGUACCAACAAAGAAGAACCGAAAAAGGCAGUGGUUAAACCAGGAAAUCCAAUGCUCCUUGCGCAAAUUGAUUGAAAUCAAUGGAACGAAAUGCGAGGAUUCAAAAAAUUUGCUUGGGUUAAUGCUAUCAGCCAGCAAAGCUGGGAGCGAAUACAAAAUGGGAAUUGAAGAGAUAAUUCAUGAGUGCAAGACAUUUUACUUUGCUGGGAAGGAAACAACAGCGAACUUGUUGACAUGGGCAACACUUCUUCUUGCAUUGCAUCAAGAGUGGCAAGUGAAGGCCCGUGAUGAAGUUCUUAAAGUGUGCGGAAAGUAUGAGCACCCUAAUGCGGAGAACCUGAGUGAUCUCAAAAUUGUAACUAUGGUGUUAAAAGAAACCCUCAGGCUGUAUCCUCCAGCUACAUUCAUCAAUAGGACUGCCACUAGGGAUAUAAUGCUUGGUAAACUAGACAUCCCGGCUGGCACACGGCUUGACUUCCCUAUUAUUGCCAUCCAUCAUGACCAUGAUGUCUGGGGCACCGAUGCAGAGGAGUUUAAUCCAUCAAGGUUUGCCGAUGGCAAGAGCUAUCACCUAGGUGCUUACUUCCCCUUUGGGAUUGGUCCUACAAUCUGCGUUGGCCAGAAUCUUGCAAUGGUCGAGGCCAAGGUGGCACUUGCAAUGACCCUUCAGCGGUUUGCCUUUACUGUUUCGCCAUCUUAUGCUCAUGCACCGAUGCUGAUGUUAACCCUCCAACCCCAGUUCGGUGCUCAAGUUCUUGUCCAGAAGAUAUGA